CCGGGAGCGGCGGCAGCGGCCGGAGGCCGGGGAGGCGGCAUUGGCGGAGCUGGGAGGCGGCCCCGGCGCAGGAUUUGUCAUUGCCAGGGCGUGGCUGGAUGGAGGAGGCGGAAAAGCCCCAGAGAUCCUGCCCGGGGAGUGGCUGCAAACCCAGCCCAGGGAGCUGCGGGGAGCAAAGAGCCCCCCUGAGCCAGGAAGGCGGCCGGAGAUCCAGCCGGAGCUCGGAGCAGGUGGAGAAGGCUCAUGGCAGGGAGAAGCCGCACAAGUGCUUGGAAUGUGGGCAGGGCUUCAGCCGGAGCUCCAGCCUGAUCCGGCACCAGAGGAUCCACACUGGGGAACGGCCCUACGAGUGUGGGGAGUGUGGGAAGGGCUUCAGCUGGAGCUCCAGUCUGAUCCAGCACCUGAGGAUCCACACUGGGGAACGGCCCUACGAGUGUGAGGAGUGUGGGAAGAGCUUCAGAGACAGCUCCAACCUGAACCAGCACCAGGUGAUCCACACUGGGGAACGGCCCUAUGAGUGUGGGGAGUGUGGGAUGGGUUUCAGAGAGAGGUCCAGGCUGUUUGAUCACCAGGUGAUCCACACCGGGGAACGGCCCUACACCUGCUUGGAAUGUGGGAAGAGCUUUGGGUGGAGCUCUGCCCUGAGAAUACACCGGCGCAUCCACACUGGGGAGAGGCCCUACGAGUGUGGGGAGUGUGGGAAGAGCUUUGUGCAGAGCUCUGCCCUGAGAAAGCACCAGCACAUCCACACUGGGGAACGGCCCUAUGAGUGUCCCCAGUGUGGGAAGAGGUUUCAGAGGAGCUCCGAUCUCAUCGUACAUGAGCGGAUUCACACAGAUGAGAGUCCCUUCCGCUGCCCCGACUGCGGGAAGGGCUUCAAGCGAAACUCCCACCUCACCCUGCACCGGCGCAUCCACACCGGGGAGAGGCCGUACGAGUGUGGGGAGUGUGGGAAGAGCUUCUUCAGCAGCUCAAGCUUGACAAAACACCAACAGACUCAUGGCAGGGAGAAGCCACACAAGUGCUUGGAAUGUGGGCAGGGCUUCAGCUGGAGCUCCAAGCUGAUCCGGCACCAGAGGAUCCACACUGGGGAACGGCCCUAUGAGUGUGGGGAGUGUGGGAAGGGCUUCAGAGACAGCUCCCACCUGAUCGAGCACCAGGUGAUCCACACUGGGGAACAGCCCUACGAGUGUGGGGAGUGUGGGAAGGGCUUCAGCCAGAGCUCCAGCCUAAUCCGGCACCAGAGGAUCCACACUGGGGAACGGCCCUACAAGUGUGGGGAGUGUGGGAAGAGCUUCAGAGAUAGCUCCAACCUGAUCCAGCACCAGAGGAUCCACACUGGGGAACGGCCCUACAAGUGCGGGAGGUGUGGGAAGGCUUUCAGAGAGAGGUCCAGGCUGUUUGAGCACCAGGUCAUCCACAGUGGGGAACGGCCCUUUGAGUGCUUGGAAUGUGGGAAGAGCUUUGGGUGCUGCUCUGCCCUGAGAAAGCACCAGCACAUCCACACUGGGGAGAGGCCCUACGAGUGUCCCCAGUGUGGGAAGAGGUUUCGGACCAGUUCCGAUCUCCUCCUACACGGGCGGAUUCACACAGAUGAGAGGCCCUUCCGCUGCCCCGACUGGAGGAAGGGCUUCAAGCACAACUCCAGCCUCACCAUCCACCGGCGCAUCCACACUGGGGAGAGGCCCUACGGGUGUCCCCAAUGUGGGAAGAGCUUCUCCAGGAGCUCUGACUUGACCCAACACCAACAGAGGCACCCUGGGGAGAAGCCACACAAGUGCUUGGAAUGUGGGCAGGGCUUCAGCCAGAGCUCCAGCCUGAUCCAGCACCAGAGGAUCCACACUGGGGAACGGCCCUACACGUGUGGGAGAUGUGGGAAGGGUUUCAGAGAGAGGUCCAGCCUGUUCGAGCACCAGGUGAUCCACACUGGGGAACGGCCCUACGAGUGCUUGGAAUGUGGGAAGAGCUUUGGGUGGAGCUCUGCCCUGAGAAUACACCGGCGCAUCCACACUGGGGAGAGGCCCUACAAGUGUCCCCAGUGUGGGAAGAGGUUUCAGACCACCUCCGAUCUCCUCAAACAUGAGCAGAUUCACACAGAGGAGAGGCCCUUCCGCUGCCCCGACUGCGGGAAGGGCUUCAAGCGAAACUCCCACCUCAUCGUGCACCAGCGUAUCCACACUGGGGAGAGGCCCUACGAGUGUGGGGAGUGCAGGAAGAGGUUUCAGACCAGCUCCAGUCUCCUCCUACAUGAGCGGAUUCACACAGAGGAGAGGCCCUUCCGCUGCCCUGACUGCGGGAAGGGCUUCAAGCAAAACUCCCACCUCACCAAGCACCGGCGCAUCCACACCGGGGAGAGGCCCUACGAGUGUGGGGAGUGUGGGAAGAGCUUCUCCAGGAGCUCAAACUUAACCAAACACCAACAGAGGCACCACUAAGGGAAGCCCUGUGAGUGCCCCGAGUGAGGGAAGAGCUUCGAGUGAGGGAGGAGAGUGAGGGAAGAGCUUCGUGCGCUGCUCCAGUUCCAUCCCCCAUGGGAGGCUCCGGGCUGGAUGAUCCCCAGUGACCCCUGUUGGGCAGAGCCCUGGUGCCCCCGUAUGGGGAAUAAAACAGAGAGUAAAACAAUGGAGCCGGUAAAGGGGCCCGAUAUCUGAGGCCUGACUGAGCAGAAACUGUGGGAGACACAGACACAGUUUAAGUCUCCCUGGGCAAGAAGUGACCAAGCAUCCUGUUGUGAGACUUUGUGAUAAGAUAAUGUUCCCAGGUGACGGGAUGUCAUGAAGAAUGUGUAACCAAUGGAAAUUGUUAGCAAACAUCGAGCCCUAUAAGCACCACACAAGUAAAACCCUGUAUAAACACCUGGUACGCUCAAUAAAAUUGGC